CACAGCCAAAUGCGGAAAUAUUUAAAGGUACUUAUGUUCAUUCUUUAAAAAAAAGUAAAAAUUGAGGUGGGGGGUUAGAGGUAAUGUCCAGAGCUCAGAAAAGCUUCAGUGAGAUCUUGCCAGAGAUAAUCAUCUCCAAGGAGCUCAGCCUUCUGUCUCAAGAGAUUGUAAGCCAGACUGUGGGGUUCAUUGGCUUGUACUCUGUGCACUGUGUCCAGGGGGCCUAUCCGGAGCAUCUCCUGAAAGCCUGGGACACGUACCACAAACAGACAGGAUCUGAAAACGAUCGGCCAGACCUGUUUGGAGAUCAGCAGUUCUUCAUGGUUUUGGAGUUUGAAUUUGGAGGCAGCAACUUGGAGACGAUGAAGACCAUAAGUUCAGUGCUAACAGCAAAGAGCAUCCUGCAUCAAGUUGCUGCAUCCUUGGCUGUGGCCGAGGAGGUGCUGUGUUUUGAGCACAGAGACUUGCACUGGGGGAACGUUCUUGUCAAGAAAACUAACGUCAAAGAGCUCAGUUACAUGCUGAACGGAACGACUUACACGAUCCCCACACACGGGGUCCAUGUCAGCAUCAUAGAUUACACACUCUCUAGACUGGAAAAAGAUGGGUUAACUGUUUUUUGUGACCUUUCUACUGAUGAAGACCUGUUCCAAGGGACGGGAGACUACCAGUUUGAUAUCUACAGGAAGAUGAAAGAGGAGAAUUCCAACAGCUGGUCUGACUAUCACCCUCACAGCAACGUACUGUGGUUGCACUACUUGGCAGACAAGCUUCUGAAUAGCAUGGGCCAUGCACAUAAGCCGACAACCUCUAGCCAAAGAGCAGUAAAGAAAAGACUCCAAAACUUCCAUAACGAAGUACUGAAUUUUAGCUCAGCUCAGGACGUUCUACACAACAGCAGACUUUUCCAGUGACCAAAUACAUUUGUCCUUCGCUGCAUUUUCAGAGCCUUGUUAUGGUACUGACAAUUUUUUGGCACAAAUGUCAUCCGUCUAAUUACUAUGUCCGUGACUGAUAAAUGGGGGCUUUGUUUUUACUGUAGUCCGUAUGGAUUUUAGCAUUUAAAGCUAAGCCUGAAGAUCUGCUGUUGCACAUGCACAAAAAAUGAAGCACUGAAACAUUUCAUGGUCGGAUAUUAAAAGCAGUAUUCCUAUCUGUUCAA